AACAUACGGGGACGAUGUGCAUUUCUCUUCUCCUUUAAAACGCAGAGUUUCACUUUUGCGUCCCACUGGGUUCCGUUUCUCCUAAAUAUCCGCGAUAGAUAUAGAUUGGACUUGUUGAGGAAACCUCUGAAAAGCCCCUUUAAGAAUGCAACUUUCACUUCCCAUUUCACCCGGGAAAGUCCCCACGAUUUUCCCAUUUCACCACCCCAACAUUUCAAAACCACCAACAACUUGUCUCCAAUCCCAUGUCGGUCCCGUGAAUUCACUGAAAACUUCCCAGUAUUUGUCGUCCAUCAGCCGAGUCAUCAGCGAAGAAGAAGAAUAUCGGAAAGCCCGGGCGGCCGUGACCCGCAAAGGUGUCGACUUGGAAGGCUACACCAUUGAAGGGCUUUCGAUAGGUGGACACGAAACGUGCGUGAUUAUACCGGAAUUAAAGUGCGCUUUUGAUAUUGGGAGGUGCCCCAGUAGAGCUAUUCAGCAGAACUUUGUGUUUAUCACUCAUGGUCAUCUUGACCAUAUUGGUGGGUUACCAAUGUACGUAGCAAGUCGUGGUUUGUACAGCUUAAAGCCACCAACAAUAUUUGUGCCUCCUUGCAUUAAAGAUGAUGUUGAGAAGCUGUUUGACAUUCACCGGUCCUUGGGGAAUGUGGAACUAAACCUUGAUUUGAUUGCAUUAGAUGUGGGUGAAACUUAUGAAAUGCGGAAUGAUAUUGUUGUCCGACCUUUUAAAACUCACCAUGUCAUACCAAGCCAGGGCUAUGUCAUCUACUCUGUGAGAAAAAAACUUAAGAAGCAGUACAUUCAUCUGAAAGGAAAGCAAAUUGAGAAAUUGAAGAAGUCUGGUGUUGAGAUUACAGAUACCAUACUAUCUCCUGAGGUGGCCUUUACAGGAGAUACAACAGCAGAGUAUAUGCUGAAUCCACGCAAUGCAGAUGCGUUGAGAGCAAAAGUUCUUAUAACUGAGGCAACUUUCUUGGACGAAGGGUGUAGCAUUGAGCACGCACAACAACAUGGUCAUACCCAUUUGUCAGAGAUCAUUGAAAAUGCUAAGUGGAUUCGGAAUAAAGCAGUACUGUUAACUCAUUUCUCCUCACGCUACCAUAUAGAGGACAUCCGUCAAGCUGUACUGAAGUUGCAAUCCAAGGUGUCAGCAAAAGUGGUACCUCUAACUGAAGGUUUUAAGUCAAUAUAUGCUUAGCCAUCCCGGAAUCUUAUUAAUCUUUAUUAGAAUUGUAGUCAGUCAGCAUCUGAGUGGGGGAAGAUGUGUUCUUUUUAUGUAUAAAUCUUCUUUAUUAUGCCCAGAAUGUAUUAUUUUGUUAUGUAAUAGUCAAUACACGCUUUAUAUUAUUGGAAUGAACAAAGUGUCGUAGUCUGUUAA